GUCCUUAAGUUUUAUUUAUUUUAUUUACCAAGUAGCAAAAGCCAUGAUGUUCCACUUGUGGAAGUAAAUCUGUUGACACAUUAAAAAAUAAUGAACUCGAGAUAUUUUCAUGCAAGAUUUCAUGAAAUUCUGAUUAAAUACCAUACAUUGCUAUUUGGGCUUCAUCAAUAAUGCUAAAAAGAUUAAUGAACAUUUCCCUUUUAUUUUACACCCUUUGGAUUCAUCAGUCAAGGUAUUUAGUUUGUCCUUUGUUGUUUCUCCUUCUAUUUAUGUUAGUUUGGUUCAUAAUAUCUUUAUUCAACAAACGCAGAUAAAGACGUGUAAGUUUGACAGACGAUAAUUUCUAUUUUGAGUCAAUUGGUUGACAGAUAGAAUGAGUUUAUUGGAUUUUUGAAUGAAUAUCAAUAAAAACAAUUUCCAUGAGAAAAAAGAAAGUUACAUCAGAUUUGUAAUUAGGUUGAUUAAUUAGUGGUGAAAUAAAUGACACAGAUUUACUUACUAAUUAUACAUAAGUAUGAUUUGGGUUGAUGAUAGUCUAAAUCACAAAUGUAUUUGUGUGGAUCGAAGAAAAUGGCUCUGUUUGAAAUUAACAGAGUCCAAAAGAAUCAGCUGUGAAUUAAGUGGGAGAAAAGUUGUAAGCAAAGUAGCAAAGACAAUAAUCUCAUGGAUGUAACAGAACACAAGACACUCAUUCAGUCUGAGUCAAACUUGACUCAGACUGGUGAGGGCUACAAAUGAUGAUACUGGUUGAAAACAGGUUACUUUGACGGAUGUGGGUGUUAAGAACAGAUUGCUGUAGAUAAUGACUGCCUGUAAACCAAACAGCUGUAUAAAAGGCCCAGAUAAGCAAUACUUUAACCACAAGUUGGAUCUGCUGGCAUCAUGCACCGUUUGUCUACAUUUCUGUUUUUCAAUGUUCUAGCAUGUCUUGGACAAACUGUCCAGGGGAGUGACAUCAUACAUGGAGAAAAAGCCCCAGCCAACUCAAUGCAGUACAUGGUCUCAGUGCAAAACAAAUGGGGUCAUGUGUGUGGAGGAUUUCUAGUCAGGCAGGACAUUGUGAUCACUGCUGCACACUGUGCUGAAGAUGAACCUGUGCAUGUUGUUCUGGGAACCCACAAGCUAUCGAAGAGGAACGUGAGCCCAGUGAAUAUUGAAUACUUCUGUAAAUACCCAACUUAUAAAUCUGUUGGACUUGGUGAUGACAUCAUGCUCCUUAAAUUGUCCAGGAAAUUUCCACUAAAUAACAGGGUGAAAAUAAUUCCACUUCCAACGUCUUCCAAUGCAAACCUUAGAGAUGGUCAGAUCUGCUCUGUAGCUGGAUGGGGUCAAACUGGGCCCCACCAUGCUAUUGUGGAUGACCUGAGAGUGGUGAAUGUGUCAAUCUUAAAUCCACAACUCUGUCGGGACAUAUGGGGGGAUGACUUCCCUUCCAAUGUGAUCUGUGCUGGCGGAUAUAACACAGACAAAGGAUUUUGUCAGGGUGAUUCCGGUGGUCCACUGGUGUGCAACAGAGCAGCUGUUGGUGUUGUGUCAUUCAACAAACGUGCCAACUGCAACUACCCAGAUGUACCCAACGUCUACACAGACAUAUCCAAAUAUUUUCAAUGGAUCAACAACAUUGUGAAAACAAAUAAAUGUGUGUAGCAAACUUGUUACAGAAGGUCUUCUUACUCAGGGAGUUCUUCAUCUUAUUUCAAUGCCUCUGUCAGCUUCUGGCAUUCAACGAAUGUGUUAAAUAAAGCCACAUGCAAUCAAAUGAUACACACUCUUUUUUAUAUAUCAACAGAAACAUAUAUUUACAUAUAUAUAUGUAUUGAGAGAAAUAUACAUAUCAUAUAUAGUCAGGUCCUCUACUUUGAGCUUCCCACGGAUGAAAGAGGUCCUCAUCUCUUAAGGGUUAGUCCAACCAGUCUACAGAGGAAACUCAAAUCAGAUGGUUAUAAUCAGGACCUCCUUCCUUUGGUCAUGACUCCUUUCUCAUACCUAUGGACUAUAUGUACAGCUCUGUUGAACCCCACUAAAACAUUUUGAUCACUUUGCAGAAAAGUAUGGACCUACCUAGUGUUUACACUGUGUGCAAAAUUUCAUAUAUUAUAAAAAGCUUUCCUUCUUUUUUUUUCAAGAAUUUCAAAAAUGUAUAAUUUGCUGCUGAAUUAGCUGUUGCCAUUGGAUUUCUUAUUAUCUAUGCAGCACAUUUAUAUUACUGACGAUUAGACAAACAAAAAAAAACACCGCGCAUGUCUUGGAGCGCCGAGUGCGAGUGAAAUGUGGGAAGGGGGUGGGGAUAGUAACAGAAACACAUAAUUGGUAAGUCACGUUAUUGCUUGGAUUUUAAUCAGUGCGUUUUGCAUCCAGUGAAAACAAACAUGUUAACAAAUAAACUGUAAGUUUAGUGAUAUUUCCACAGUUGCGGUCUUGAC